AACUAAGACUGUAACAGUAUAGAGCAUUGUAGCAUAAUAGCAUGAGGAUGAGCAAAAGUUGCACUUAAAAAUUGACCAAUAUAUGGAACCCGUGGUUCAACAAUCGCUUUCAGGGAAGGGAUCUUACCCGGACACCCUCGUUGCCAUCGCUGUCGCUGAGAGACAUGGAAGUGCAAAAACGUCAUUUCACGUUUGCUCCUUCUCAUCAUGGCCAUGGGCCUGGCCCAAAGAAAAAAAAGGCGUUUUCCCCUCACCCAACGGACACGGCCUCCCCCACUGAGCUCGUAUGCGCACAAGUGCGCACGUUAGCUGUCUCUUCUUCUGAGCUUGUUGAUUUGUGGGAAAAUUGAAUUUCAUUUGGUUUUAGGAUGCAUUUAUGAGAGAGGUUAGCUUAAGGGGUGGCUGUGAAUGGGGAAUGGUGGGAUGUACUAGUGACUGAGCAGUGCCUUAAAUGGAUGUGUGUGAGCAGUGGUUCAGCUCUUUAUAGCCUGCCACAAACCCAACAGCAACAACUGUACCUCACUCACUCCCUUUCUAUCUAUAUCAACUCAUCACACACACUGUACUCUACACUACGCACUUUCUUUAAACUAAAACUAUAACCAAACAAUCAUAACAAACUCAGCCUUUGAGCAUCUUCACUUUCGGAUCGCCUACUCCGCGUUUCGAUCUCAGUCAGAAUCGAAAUCGUUAGCGAAGCGUGCUGCGAUUGCGAUUGCGAUUGCGAGUGUGAGUGAGUUUUACUUCUCUCUCUCUCUCUCUCUCUCUCUCGAUCAUGUGUUGUUGUUGUUGUGGUUGUGAGUUUUCGGGGUGUUGAUUGGUUUGAUUGAGAGAGAAGAUGAAUCCUCUGUGCUGCAUUGCACCGGUUUCGAUCGAUCGGGACAGGGCGAACCCUGUGGUGGCGAAAUCGCCGAGUCAGUGUCAGCUAGGGCUCGAUGCGGCUGUCAGGACGGUGAACUACGCGUCCAAAUCGAGCUUCUCCACGCUGGAUUCCUCAGUAGGUUCGGAUUCUGUCAAGGCAUCCGCUGCUGCGGAUCUCGAGGAGGAGGAGGAGCCGCGCGAUUCCAAGGCUUUUGGAGGCGGGAAUGGAGGCGGCGUCGCCGGGAGUGUCGCCGGGAUCCUGUACAAGUGGGUGAAUUACGGGAAGGGGUGGAGAUCGAGGUGGUUCGUGCUGGAAGAUGGCGUGCUUUCUUAUUACAAGAUUCACGGGCCGGACAAGAUCUUGAUGAGUCCGGCGAGGGAUAGGAGCGUGAGGGUGAUCGGAGAAGAGUCAUCGAAGUUCGUGAAGAAAGCGAAUUGGAAUCUGAAUCGAGCGCCUUCUGGAGGGGCAGGGGGAGGGAACAGUAACAACGGGAAGCAAUGCAAACCGUUCGGUGAGAUACAUUUGAAGGUUUCUUCAGUUCGUUCCAGCAAGUCUGACGAAAAGCGGCUUUCCAUAUUUACUGGGACAAAAACUCUCCACUUGCGGUGUGUAUCUAGAGAAGACAGAGCCAUGUGGAUUGAGGCCUUGCAGUCAGCAAAAGAUCUUUUUCCCAGAACUCUAACAAGUAGUGAUCUUGCAACUUCAGAAGAUAUUGUGGUUUCCACAGAGAAGCUGCGAUCACGAUUGUCACAGGAAGGCAUAAGUGAAGCAAUCAUUAAUGACUGCGAGUCGAUUAUGCUUUCCGAAGUAUCGUAUCUCCAAAGCAAGUUGAAGUAUCUUCAGCAGAAACAUGUUAUGCUGCUGGACACCUUAAAACAACUGGAGACAGAGAAAAUAGAGUUGGAAACUACUGUAGUUGAUGAAACAAAGGAACGGGAAUCAUACUGUGGACAAGGAAAUAGAAGGUUUAGUGAUUUUUAUUCUGUGAUGUCGGAGGGUAGUGCUACUGACUCGGUGGCUGAUAAUGAAAGUCAAGAUGGAGCAGAUGUUGAAACAGAUGAUGAUGAUAGAACAUAUUUUGACACAAAUGAGUUUUUGUACUCUGAUGCCCUAAGAAGUGCAUCCUAUCGAAGUAGGGAAGGUAUGACCAAUGGAAGUAUAUAUGAUAGAGAUUAUAUUUGCUAUGAUGGUGUGCAUGGGUUCGAGGAGAUCAAAGAUGUAAGGUAUCCAUAUGUCAAAAGAAGAGAUAACUUACCAGAGCCAAAAGAAAAAGAGAAGCCUGUUGGCUUGUGGUCAAUUAUUAAAGACAAUAUUGGGAAGGAUCUUUCAGGAGUUUGUCUCCCUGUUUAUUUUAAUGAACCACUAUCGUCAUUGCAAAAGUGUUUUGAAGACCUAGAGUAUUCAUACCUGGUUGAUAGAGCAUUGGAAUGGGGAAAGCAGGGGAAUGAUCUGAUGAGAAUUCUAAAUAUUGCAGCUUUUGCUGUAUCCAGCUAUGCAUCAACUGAAGGUCGACAAUGUAAACCUUUUAAUCCUUUACUUGGGGAGACUUACGAAGCGGACUAUCCAGAUAAAGGACUUAGGUUUUUUUCUGAAAAGGUUAGUCAUCAUCCAAUGAUUGUUGCUUGUCAUUGUGAGGGAAGGGGGUGGAAGUUUUGGGCAGAUUCUAAUUUGAAAGGAAAAUUCUGGGGGCGUUCAAUCCAGUUAGAUCCUGUGGGUGUCCUGACUCUACAAUUUGAGGAUGGUGAAACAUUUCAGUGGAGCAAGGUCACCACUUCCAUAUACAAUAUCAUAUUAGGUAAAAUUUAUUGUGACCACUACGGUACCAUGCACAUCAGGGGCAGUGGCAACUAUUCUUGCAAACUGAAAUUCAAGGAGCAAUCUAUUAUAGACCGAAAUCCACAUCAGGUCCAUGGAUUUGUUCAAGACAACAGAACGGGAGAGAAGGUAGCAAUGUUAAUUGGGAAGUGGGAUGAAGCAAUGUACUAUGUACUAGGGGAUCCAACUACUAAGCCAAAAGGUUAUGAUCCGAUGACAGAAGCUGCGAUAUUGUGGGAAAGGGACAGCUCUGUAUCCAAGACAAGAUACAACCUCUCUCCUUUUGCAAUUUCCUUGAAUGAAAUAUUACCUGGUUUAUUAGACAAGUUGCCCCCGACUGACUCAAGGUUGAGACCAGAUCAAAGACAUUUAGAAAAUGGAGAAUAUGAGUUGGCAAAUGCAGAGAAACUGAGACUUGAGCAGUUGCAGAGACAGGCAAGAAAGAUGCAAGAAAGAGGAUGGCAGCCGAGAUGGUUUAAGAAGGAUGAUGAUGGUUGCUACCGAUAUAUUGGUGGGUAUUGGGAAACAAGAGAAAAAAAUAAUUGGGAUGGAAUCCCUGAUAUAUUUGGACAGAGUUGUGAUUUACCUUCAUGUUCCACGGAAGAGACUGUAUCCUACUGAAUACAUUGCCCUUAAAAAUCUCUUCUUUUGUUAAAUGUGAAUUUGCUUGUAGGUUGUAAGUUAUAUAAACAUCCUCUGAAAAAGUGUUAAUUCUUUUUCUGCCUUCUCAUCAACUAGUUUAUGUUGAUAUGCUUACUUGAAAACAAAUCUUUUUCAUCAUCA